AUGGUCUCUCCUAUGGGCACUCUCAGGAGGCGCGCUAUUCGCCGCCCGAGAUACAUCAGAGACGAUCUGCAGAUUGAGGUCCGCGAUGACAAGGGCGAAAUCUCAUCCGACGAUGAAGAUUCCCCCUCGCCCAAGAGCACCACAUUUCCACCCGGCGCGAGACCAACGGCGCCCCCUCCGCCACCAGCGGUUGGAGUGGCUCCGCCUGCCGUGCUCAACCCCGCCAACCCGACGGAUACGGAGAGCAGCACAUCGAGCGAUUCCCCCUCGCCCACGUCCACCGAGUUCCCGAGACCGACUGAGCCUCCGCGUGGCCCGCAACGUGGAGAAACCGGAGCUACGCCUUUUUCUUCCUCCAUUAGCACCACGACUGAAUCAUCAAGCUCGACUAAGACUCUUCCCACUGCCAUCCCGAACAGCCGCAGCACCACCAGCUUCGAUGCGCAACCGACAGGGGGUACGACUAGGGGAGGCAAUGAGACGGGCCUAGGAAACGACAGGUCUGAUGACAUUGGAUGGACGCCGACUGCAAUCGCGUUUGGGACUAUUGCCAUCGCAGCCCUCUUCCUCGUCAUUGGCGUCGGCAUCUGGUGGUGCCUCCGCUACCGUAAGCGCCGUCAAGCCCGCCACCUCUACGAACGAAGCAUCUCUCCCGACAAUCAUCAAUACUGGGAUCCCUCAUCAACCUUCUCACCUCCCACCAUGCCUGCCACCCGUCCAUCCCGCCGCUCACCCUCAAGCAUCUUUGCCGAACUCAUGGGCCACGCCUACGCCGCAGAGAAUGGCAGCGCAGGAAACGGAACGUACGGUAACGACCGCAACUCGCUUACACCCCAAGGCUACCUCGACGAGAAGAGAUAUGAUCCGGCCCGCCAGCUCCCGAUCCUCGAGCCCGCGCCCGUCGCUCAGCCCAACGUCCGAAACUCCAUCGCCAGCUGGAUCCGCCGCCACCACCCGCUCAAGUUGAACCCGAUGUCCGGCCGGAGCAGCAUGUACUCCACCCGCAGCGGCUUCGGUGCCAGCACGAACAAUGUCAACGCCCCGCCGGUCCCGAACGUACCAGACGCCUACCGCAGCACCGACCAAGUGCAACAAUCCGGCCUUGCCCCUCCGCCUCAGCAGCGCUAUGCGCCGUCUAGCCAAUAUGACACCGGAAGCCCUUCAACCGACUACAACACCAACUCCCUCUUAUCUCUGUACCAAACUCAACCACCCCAGCAACCCUGUCAACAGCAAGCCCCGACAGCCCCUUGGCUUCAGGACCCACCGCCAGUCGUUUUCGGCGAGCGCGGCGUCUCCAUGGCCCCGACCGAAGCGACCGAAAGCACCUGGCGAAGCUGGGGCGGCGGCGUUAACAACCCGCCUCAGCACCAGCAGCAAGCGCCGCCCGAGACUCCGCGCAAGGGCUGGAUCGAGAAGUGUAUCAAGUUUGGAGGUCUGAAGUAA